GUUCGCCAACCGCCAGUGACUCUAGACGAAGCCGCGCCCAGCCUUCCGAUUUUUUCCUUUCGUUUUCCUUGAUUUCGACAAAAUGGAGGACAACAACAUUCGCUUCAUACCAUUUUAAAGAUGUUUAGCCUAAUUAGAUGACACCGCGAUGAUUUGACCAUGGUGAUUUGUAGUAGCUGCCUGGCUACCGAAGGUGUUUUGGCAUGGAGCUGGCCACCAUCAUGAGUUUCUGCAUUAUCUGUGUAUUUGCACUGCUGAUAAACAAAGUGUCCCUGCAGGAUGUGAAUGAUGAUGUUGAGGGUGUUACUGGAGGUUCUGUUGUCUUGCCGUGUGCUACCAGUGAGAUUCAACACAAACUUUCUGAUAUUAAUGUGCAUUGGAGACACAAUGACAGCCUGAUUGUCUGUGACAUAGUACGUGGCAAAUUUUCACUACAACACCAGGACUUCACCUACAAGAACAGAGUGGAAACUUUCCCUACUGAGUAUGAGAGAGGAAACUUCUCCCUCAAACUUAACAAUCUUACACACACUGAUGCAGGACAUUACCAGUGUUUCAUCAAACAUUCAUCUGAACAAGUUAUCACACAGCUGACCAUCAAUGAAGCAACAGGACAGAUGGGAGAAAAACCAACAGAAGAAAAUGAAAACCAAGCACGAGAAACACAUUUAUGGAAGAUAUUAACUCCUGUCCUUGUUGUUUUCAUAUUUUUAGUUCUCUGUGUCCUAUUUAUAUGGAAGAAAAAGUGUAAAGAACCUGAGGUGCCUCUUCCUGGUAGGAACCUGUCCCAUAUAGAUUUGUGUCAUAAUAACACUAAGGUCCAUGGGAAUGGUAUUCAAAGCGAUAAGCGAAUCAGCUUACUACUGUCUCAGGAACGUAAACCAGAAUUAGAUGAGUUGUCUCAAGACAGCACUUAGAGAAAUGUGUUCAUGCUUUCAUCACCAGCAGGGUGGAUUAUUGCAAUGGUUUUAUUACUGGGAUCCCCAAAAGACCAUAAGAGCGCUACAGCUCAUACAGAACAAAGUAUUAUUACUCAUUUAUAUAUCACUUCAUGACGUGUAUUACAGAUAUGUUAAAUGAAUAUAAACCUAACAGAUUACUAAGAUCUUUAGGAUCAGGUCAUAUAGAAAUACCAAUGGGUUCAUUUCAGCUUUAAGUUAUUAUGCCACCCAUAGCUGGAAUCAGCUUUCAGAAGAGAUCAGAUGUGCAUUAACAGUAGACACUUUUAAAUCUAGAUCCACGGCUUUGCAUUAACAUGUAAUCGAUAGGGAAUGAGGAAAAGCAUAUUUAGCGUGCAGUCCGAGGGGAGGCUCCAAACUCAGAGUACUCCCUGCUCUUUAACUGGGAUAGGGGUGGCAGUGGCUCAGUGGUUCAUGUAGGUUGUCUACAAACCGGAAGAUUGGUGGUUUAAUCUCCGACUCCACCUGUCCAAGUGUCGAGGUGUCCUUGAGCAAGACACCUAACCCCAGCUGCUCCCGACGAGCUGGAUGGUGCAUUGCAUGGCCGUCGUCUGUGUAUGAAUGUGUGUGAGUGAAUGUGAGGCAACUUGUAAAGCGCUUUGGACGGCCAUUGGCCUGUUAAAAGCGCUAUGUAAAUGCAGUCAGUUUAUCAUUUAGAUGCACUAGCUAAGAGUGAAAUGAUGGGGUGGAGGAUGGAUCCUGCCAAAAACUGUCAUGGGAAAGAGGUGAGGGAUGGUUAUUUAUAGGCACUUCUUUGCGCUGAUUGGUUAUAUCACAUGACCAUACACAGUUAAAUAAACUUUAUUUAACCUUCAUAUUUUGUUGGUGGUCAUAUGACUCCACAGCUACUUUGAAAUCUGAAAAAGAUGCUUCCCUGUGUCAGCGUGGGUUUACUCCGGGUAGUCCGGAUUCCUCCCACAGGCCAAAAACACGCAAGUUGGGCAAAUUGGAGAUACCAAAUUGUCCCUCCCCCAACUUGUGUAUAAAUCAACUUGUCUGAAUAAACUUGUGUAUGGAUUACCUGGUUCUUGCCAUGAAUAUAGCCGUAGAUGCUGGAAGGGCGUUAAGAAAUAAAGGAAGAAGAAAAAGAUGCUAACUGUAUUUUUAAACCUACUUUUUGACACUUUUAUACUUUUUUUACUUGGAAGUGUUAAGGCUUUUGGAAGUGUCUGCCAAGUAUAUAAAUGUUACACACACAGGGGCGGUUUCCCCGGACAGGGAUAAGACUAGUCCUAGACUAAAAUAAAUGUAAGAGCUGUCCAAACUCAAAACAUCUUGUACUGACAUAUCUUAAAAUACAUCAGUGCCCUUUGUUUUGCCUCAAAAUGUGCACAUGUAAUGUUUUUAGUAGGGCAUGUUUGUCCUAAUUAAAACUAAGGUCUAGUCCUGGAAACCACCCCAUCGUGUUCCUGUAAAACUGAUCUAAUGAGUGUUUUUAAUAUGUGAAAAAACUGUACACAAAUAAAACCU